AUGCCUCGAGCUCUGCCAAGCUGCUGCGACGAUCAUCGACACACGGGGUUCCAAAAACAGGGCGACGGGGCGGACCCGCGUGUCCACCCAAACUCAACCUCUCGCUCCUCUUGCGCUCCGCAUCUCUUCGACUCCGCCAGCGAGAAGUCCCCGUAUAGCGUCGUCUCUUCCGCUACUGGUCACUCCUCCGACGACAUCGGCCAUAGCCCUGGAUCGGAUAUCGACGAGGGACCCAAGCACAGGCCCCGGGUCGAUCCCCAGCCAUCCACUCGUUCAUCGCAACCAACGGAUCCGUUCCAGCAUCGUCACGCAUCAGAACGGCCAUCAGAUACCCCGCCACCACCUGAACCGAAUUUCUCUCCUUUGCAUACCCCAUUCUCCGAAGAGUCUCCCUCCCCCUUCGAGAGCCCCUUGCCGACUCCACAGCAAUCCGACGAUACCUCCUACUCCGCGCCAGUGAAAGCCCGUGGACCAACUCCAGCGGAGUAUCCAUUGACACCAACCCUCGAUACCGUCGUCGAAAAGACCGCCGACGACCGCAGACCUUCGUCGACCGCUUUCCCUCCCUCGUGGAGCAAGCGCCCUAGCAUUGCCAUUCGCCGGCAGUCUCUUCUUCCCGCUUCACAACAGCAUUUGAUCAAAGGAUUGUUGGAACAAAGUCUCUUCUCAUCCUCGGGUGACCAGGGCAGCAGUCGCGUUCCCGUAGCUGCUGCCGAGAUGGUCCAACGCCGAAUUUGGGUCAAGAGGCCCGGUGGCUCGGCCACUCUGGUGCCGUGCUUGGAAGAUGCCGUGGUGGAUGAAUUGCGCGACCAGGUGAUCAUGAAAUAUGCCAACUCGUUGGGUCGAACAUUCGAUUCACCAGAUAUCGUUAUCCGGAUAUCUUCUCGAGAAGGCUCAAAUCGGCAACAAACUCCAGAGCGACUGUUGAGCCCCGAGGAGGUUCUAUCAUCCGUUCUGGACUCAUAUUACCCAGGAGGACAGACAGUCGAGGAGGCUUUAUUAAUUGAAGCGCCUACACGCCGAACUCCGAAACCGUCACCACGCCAUCCAGUAUACCUCCAUCACUCGGAACCGGGCGAGCAUGGCGACUACUUCCCUCUCAUGCCCGUCAAUCCGAAGGGCCAUACACCUCCCGCUCAUCCAUCAAGUUCGGGUGCCGCUAAUGCCCCUUCUAUUUCCAUCCUUACAACUGGCGUCGCUCCAGCGCUGCCCUCGCCUGGGACCCGUGCCGCAAGGCACCACCGUCGACCACCUCUCACACGGCACACGACCAAUUCACCGACAAUUCUCGGUCAAAAUCCCACAAUAACAGAAACCGGCAUUUCUCCUCAUUCACAACCACCAGCCGUCGUACCAACACAGCCCACGCCCCCUGCCCCGGUCGCCGAGUCUCCGCAGGCAAAAUCGCACACUCCCCCCGCGCCCGUAGCUUCUCCACGCACACUUCGAAAGUCAAAGGGUACUGCCUCACCUGGCGCCGUAUUUGGCGGUCUAAUUGAGGGUACCGUGCCACCGAUCAAUGUCCUCAUUGUCGAGGAUAACAUUAUCAACCAAAAACUUUUGGAGGCGUUUAUGAAGCGGCUGAGCGUACGAUGGAAGUGUGCGGCCAAUGGCGAGGAGGCAGUGCGAAAAUGGAGACAAGGCGGGUUCCAUUUGGUUUUGAUGGAUAUCCAAUUGCCAGUCAUGAACGGACUGGAUGCGACCAAGGAGAUUCGCCGUCUUGAGCGACUUAACGGGAUUGGCGUCUUCCCCAAGACAGCCUCGGGGCGGUCCAGUGCUUCUAGUGCCGCCUCGUUGGAGAAACGACCAGGCCUGCAACGAUCCGUCAGCGAGGACGAUACCCUGUCAGAUCUCUCACUGUUCCGAAGUCCGGUUAUCAUCGUUGCCUUGACUGCUAGCAGUUUGCAAAGUGAUCGUCAUGAGGCACUGGCCGCUGGGUGUAAUGAUUUCUUGACCAAGCCUGUCGGAUUCCCAUGGUUGUCUCAAAAGGUGACAGAAUGGGGCUGCAUGCAAGCCCUGAUUGACUUCGAUGGCUGGCGCAAGUGGCGUGGAUUCCAGGAUUCUCCUCGAUCUACAUCUCCCAGUUUUGACACUGCUGCUAGUCCAAUGCAGACAGGCAGUCAUAAUGAGACUGGGUCAAAACCGGUUCCGGGGUCACCAUCACUGUCUCGGAAUGCCACGAAGGCUAAGGCCCGCCCGAAGCGCCCUCACUUGCCAGAUGCCAACCAGAUCAUGCGUGAAGAUUCAUGGGGAAGUGGGAGUGGUGACACUGGUGACUCGCCCACGAGCCCCGAGACAACCCCUGGAGUAGAUGCUGAUAUACAACCACCACCUGGUGAUUUGGUGGACUUUGCGCCAAACGCGAAAUGA